AUGGAAUCUGUCAAGCACAGCGCCAACUACGUCGGUGAGAAGGUCCAGCAGGCGGCCCACGGCAGCUCCAAGGAGACCAACAAGCAUAUCGCCAAGGACUCUGACGCUCCCGUCCGUACUCGUGCCGAGGCUGGCAUCGACGCUACCGACGACAAGUUCAAGGAGGAGAAGCACGACAGCAAGGGCGAGGCGCACAAGAACCUUGCCUAA